GAGGAAGUUUGUCUUCCUCUCCCAUCACUGGAGGCUCUCACACUUCACCUCUUCAGCAACGAGUGCUCAAACAUGACGGAAAUGCAAGAGUAAGAUGUUGAGUCCAUCGAGUCCAACCCAGAAGAACCCCACUGAGGAGGACAGCUCUGGAUCUGAUGCAGGGUCAGAGGUCAGCCUGGAACCGGAGACAGACCGGUUUGGCUUCAUUUUGACCAAUGGAUCCACAGCUGGGAGUGUGGGCCCGCCCCCUGAGUUGGUCAGGCAGAGGGAGACCAAAUGGAUAAAUAUCAUUCUCCAAUGGGAUCGCAUUUUGUUGAAGAAGACCAGUAAGGUCAAAGUGCAGUGUCAGAAAGGCAUCCCUGCCUCACUCAGAGCUAAGUGCUGGCCUCUGCUGUGUGCAGCCACUGACAGGAUGAAACAAAAUGAAAAACUCUAUGAGUCUCUGGACUCGCAGCCCGCCCUGCAGAGCUGGGUGGAUGUGAUUGAAAGAGACCUGGACCGACAGUUCCCCUUUCAUGAAAUGUUCCUCUCCAAGGAUGGACAUGGGCAACGUGGUUUGUUCCGGGUGUUGAAAGCCUACACUCAGUACCAACCAGAAGAGGGCUACUGCCAGGCCCAGGGGCCUGUAGCUGCAGUGCUGCUGAUGAACAUGCCCGCUGAGGAGGCCUUCUGGUGUUUGGUGCAGAUCAGCGAGCAGUACCUGCCUGGAUACUACAGCCCUCUGCUGGAGGGAGUCCUGUUUGAUGCAGGCAUGCUGACCUGGGUCUUGAAAAGGACUUGUCCAGCUGCACACAAACACCUGCAGCACCACGGAGUGGAGCCCCUCAUGUUUGCCACUGACUGGCUGAUGUGUCUGUUCACACGCCACCUGCCAUUCAACACUCUCCUCCGAGUCUGGGACCUGUUUUUCUGCUAUGGGGUGCGGGUGCUGCUCCAGGUGGCGGUGGUGCUGGUGCGUCGGGUGCUGGGUCGUGCCGAGCAGAGGAAACAGUGCCAGGGCCAAAUGGAGACUCUGGAGAAGCUGAGGGGCAUCAGGGAGCAGGUCCAAGAAGAAGAUGAUGCCUUUAUAGCAGAGGUGUGCUCGGUGCCGCUGUCAGCCAGAGAUCUGGAGAAACACACACAGAAGGAGUUAGAAAAGUGGAGGAAAGACAGACCCUCCUCCACCUUUGACCCCAGAGGUCGCUGCCAAGGAUACCGGAUGGCGUGUGCAAGGGCUCGACAGAACAAGGAAGAGCAGGACAGGAAAGACAGAGAGAAAGGGAACCUUUCCGUCCCUCUUUCUCGUUCAGCCUCCACUCUGUCGCUGUCUCCUUCGCUCCUUCACAAGAGGCUGAGGAAAGGGGGAAAAGCAAACACAGGUGAUUGGGAAGGCGGUGGUAAAGUUGUGAGGCAUCUUUCAAUGGCAUCAAAAGAGGACUGGAGAAGCUGGAAUGAGAUAAACUUUAAGGCAGUGCAGGGUGUUCAGGAGGAGGAGGACAUAGAGGAACACAAAAAACAGAGUGAGUCAAAACUAACAGCACAAACUGAAGAGAAAGAACUUUCAGAGGAACCUAAAGAGAUGGACAAAGUCCAAAACAUACCAACAGAGCACGCAGAAGAACCAGUAAUAGUAAAAGAACAGAUUGAACAAGUCGAAACAAGAAUCACUGAGAAUGAGGAAAGUCAACCCAAAGAGACAGAGGACAACAAGUUGCUUUCAGAACAGACAGAGGAAACAAAUGUGGAGACAGAACAAAACCAAGGUCCAGCCAAAGAUGAGACUGUUGAAAAUAUUCUUCCGCCCACUGAACAUACCUCUCACCAUGACCAGGGAGAGGAGCUGGACUCUUAUAGCCAGUCACAAGUCCUGGAGCAACAGAGUCACAAAGGCCAGGACGAGGAAACCGAGAUCAAAGAUGAAAAGGAGGAAAUAAUAGAACAAGUGCCAGAAAGUGAGCAUUUAGCUGCUGUGGAGGAAAAUCAGAGUGAGGCAGAGAAAGAUGCUGAUGCAGACACACACACAGACGAAGAAAUGCAAGUAAGUGUAGACUCGAGCGAGGAACAGAUGACUCAGGCAGACAUGAAACCAGAAGAGAGGACAGGAAGUAAAAAUGAGCAUCAGAUGCAGGUGGACACAGUCACUGAAGCCUCAGAAACAAUAAUUGAGACAAGUCCAUGCUUAGAGACCGACAGCAACACCGAAGCAGGAACUUUCAUAGACCCGGAUCUAACAUUAGGGACAGAGACACAGGAAGAAGUGAUUACAGAGACAGACAAAAGCCUACAGGGUGAUGCAUUUGAAGUAAAACACCACAGUACUGAGUCAUUAGCCAAAAGGGAAGUCAUAGAAGAAUGCCACACCCAAACAGAGACAGAAACUGAAGAAAAGGUGGAGGAAAAUGCAGCCACACAGGACGAAUUGGAGACCGAAACAGUACAAAUAGAUUCAGAACAACCCAUAGAUUCAAAGACAGAGACAGAGGCAGAGGCAGAAACAUUAAUCCUGCUUUCACCUGAGUGCAUCCCACAAGAAGAAGACACCGACAGAGUCGGUGACACACAGGCUGAAGCAGAAACACCAGUUGAUUCAGAACAACCCAUAGAUUCAAAGACAGAGACAGAGACUGAGACAGAGGCAGAAACAUUAAUCCUGCUUUCACCUGAGUGCAUCCAACAUGAAGAAGACACUGACAGAGACGGUGACACACAGGCUGAAGCAGAAACACCAGUUGAUUCAGAACAACCCAUAGAUUCAAAGACUGAGACAGAGGCAGAAACAUUAAUCCUGCUUUCACCUGAGUGCAUCCAACAAGAAGAAGACGCUGACAGAGUCAGUGACACACAGGCUGAAGCAGAAACACCAGUUGCGGACGAUACAGUGAAGGAGUCAAGUGAAGACUUUGCUCACUGUUCAGAGAAAGAGUGUGAUACAGAAGCAUCUGAACCCACACAGGAAAAAGAAGAAAUAACUUUGACUGUGUCCCCAGAGACACAGGUUGACAAUGAUCAAACGCAAGCAGAGGAAAUACCAACUGAAUCUCAGACGACCGUGGAAACGACUGAUUCUUUAGCACCUCCAGAGAAGGAGGAGACCUCCAAGGAGGCUGAAGCAGUGAAUCUCGCCACAGAGCCUGAUGGGGAAAUGAGUUCAGUAGAAAUGAGUACCUCUGAGGAACCUGCACCUGAAGAACUGACAAGCCAGGCCACUAUGUGUCCUUUAAAGGAAGGAGAAAGCACACAAAAAGUCGAAGAAAACACUGUAGGAGAGGAUGACGUCUUCAUUUCUACUCCUAACUUGACAGACAAUCCACAUACUGACUGCAACCGACAGGUCCAGAAUAAAGAUGAUUCUCCGGCUGAGCCGAAUAACAGCGGCGUGGCACAAGCCUCUGGGCACCGUAGUAGUAGGUCGUCUGGUGACUUUUGUGUCCGCAAGCCUUCCAGCUCCCGUGGACCCAGGUUAGCACGUAGGCUCUCAGAAGAUCUCUUCACCGCCCCACAGAAACCUACUCAGUCACAAUCUACCCCUGAUCAACCAGAAGUUAAACACACUGAAUCACAGUCCAAUCCUGGAGCUGUAAACCCGACCCAAACUCCUCCCGAUGAGACUCGGUCUUCAAAAGUCACUUUAUCACUGUCCGCAGAAGAGAAAGAGGGGACAGUGGCAGAGCACGAGCGGCCCCCACCAACUAAACGUUUUGGUCUCUUCCGCAGACUGAGAGGAGAGCAGCCCAAAAAGGCAAAGGAAAAGGGGGCACAGAAAAUGCAAGUCCCCAAAAUCUUGAUUCAGGACUUCAGUGAUGGAACGGGGAAAGUGGUUGAGGACAAGGGUGAGGAGAAACUUAGCUCUAGGGAGAGGAGGAGGAGGCGGAGGGAGAGAGAAAGAAGGGAGAAAGAGGAAGAGAGGCUAAGGAGGAAGCAAGAAAAGGAGAUGGAGAAGGAGAGGGAGCGAGAGAGGAGGAAACCUCAGACGAGGGGGAAAAGUUUUCAAGUGCAAAAGGAGAAAGGUACCAAUGAUCCGUCUCACUCUGCAAAGACUGGCUCACAGACGCUUAGAUAUUCUGCUUCUUAUGCUGAAUCUUAUUUUUGACAAAUGUUCGCAAUAACAACUGAAGUGAUGAGGUCUGAGGCACAUGGUUACGGUUGUAGUUUAUGGCAGUAUGUCUUUAAAUUGUUUGCAUUAAGGUAAUAGUUCCAUUUUAUGUGUUAAGGAAUUUCGGGCCUUUGUUUACAGUUAGCCAAUGCCAUAUUUUUGCUGCACCUUAUUAAAAGCUCUUACCAUAACCAUGGACUCCAGACCUUAUCCUUCCUGAUCCUAAAGCACACGUUCCCCUCAUCCUAAAUCUUUGCCAUACUUGAACCUUUUUCACAUGUAAAUAAACAAUAAAUGAUGUUUAGACACUUUGAAAAAUAAGUUUGUUUUAUUU